GUAAGAGAUAAUAUCCAUGCGUUUGGUGGUGAUAAGGAUCAGAUCACUAUAUUUGGUGAGAGCGCCGGCAGCUGGUCUACAUCUCUCCACAUACUGUCGCCGCUAUCUCGGGGUCUAUUCAAGAGGGCUAUUAUGGAAAGUGGGGCCCAAUUGUACUAUAAGGAGAGACCCAUUUUAAACGCAUCGGAGGCCUUAAGUCAGGCCAAGGAAAUGGCAAAACAUUUUAAUUGUAGUGAAGAUCAAUGGCUGCAGUGUUUGAUACAAUUGAGUGCAGAGGAUAUCAAUAACUACCCAAAGAUUAGUGCCUUUCCCGUCGAGGGCACAGAGUUUUUACCCGUCAAAGCACAGACAGCUUUUAGGGAUGGGCUUUAUAAUCAAGGUCUGUUACUUAAGGACUUCACGGAUUUGGUCCAACAAUCGGAUGCAUUGCAGCAGCAGUCCAACAGUUUGCUAAACCUGACAUACCAGAGCAAAAACGCUGUCCAUACCGGUUGUAUGGAGGAGACAAUGGGUAUAUGCCAUGGAUCUGAUGUCGAGUUUGUCUUUGGGUCUCCCAUUGUGUGGCGAAAUACGAAUACAUUAUUGGACAUGAAAUUCAGUUUAGAAAUCAUGCAAAUGUGGACUCAAUUCGCUAAAACCGGAGUGCCAUCGAGUGAUUGGCCAACAUUUAUAGACAAUGCAAAUAAUACCAUAAGAAUCAAGAAUCUGAACCCAAACACCACCACUCCUGUCAUGUAUAACCCUUUUGAUACCACGUGUGAUGGUAUUUGGGAACACUAUUAUGAAUAAAAUUAAGUAUAAUUCAUAUAAAUGCAC